CUGUGUUUUUGCAUUCACAACUUCUGCAUACUCUCUCAUAUUUUCUUAGAUUAACCAUCAUGGCUGAAUCAUUCAUCUUCAGCAUCGCUGAAUCACUCAUAACUAAGCUUGCUUCUCGUGCAUACCAAGAAGCGUCUCGGGUGGUUGGUGUCUACGAUGACCUCCAAGACUUGAAAAGCAGUCUCUCAUAUGUGAAAGCUGUGCUGUUGGAUGCUGAGCAGAAGCAGGAGCACAACCACGAACUGCGGGAGUGGCUGAAGCAUAUCAAACUCAUCUUCUAUGAUGCUGAGAACUUGCUUGACGAAGUUGACAGCGAAACACUGCGGAAGCAAGUCAUCAGAAACUACGGCACUUCCAAGGACAAGGUAGGCCGCUUCUUCUCGAGUUCUAAUCCACUUGUGUUUCGUUAUAAGCUUGCUCUUCAGAUCAAAGAUAUUAGCAAGAGAUUAGAUAGAGUCGCGGCUGAUAGAGAUAAGUUUGGGCUUCAAGUAAUUGAUGUUGAUAGGCGAGUUGUGCAUAGGAGGGAAAUGACUUACUCCCAUGUUGUUGAGUCUGAUGUCAUAGGAAGAGAUUAUGAUAAAGAAAAGAUCAUAAAGCUCUUGAUGGAACCGAGUCUUGACAACAAUGCUGUCUCUAAACAUAUCUCUGUGAUUCCCAUUGUCGGAAUUGGAGGUUUGGGAAAGACCACUCUUGCUAAGCUUGUCUUCAAUGAUGAAAGGAUAAUUGACUCCUUUCCAUUGAAAAUGUGGGUGUGUGUGUCUGAUGACUUUAAUAUCAAGCAAUUGAUUAUUAAGAUCAUCAAUGCUGCUAGCAAUUUUGUUUCUACUGGUGCUCUUCCGGGCCAGCAAAAUUUAAAAGAAUUAGAGGUUGAUCAAUUGCAAUAUCGUCUAAGAAACAUGCUUGUGGGUCAAAAGUUUUUCCUAGUCUUGGACGAUGUAUGGAAUGAAGAUCGUGUUAAAUGGGUUGAGCUGCAACAUCUCAUUUCAGUGGGUGCUCAAGGAAGCAAAGUUAUAGUCACAACACGAAGCCAGUCCAUCGCUUCCAUGAUGGGUACCGUUGCCUACUCGCACCAUUUAAAAAGUCUUUCUCCAGAGGAUUCAUUGCGAUUGUUUGUUAGAUGGGCUUUUAAAGAAGGAGAAGAGGGAAAAUAUCCAGAUUUGAUAAGGAUUGCAAGAGAAAUCGUAGACAAGUGCAAAGGAGUUCCUUUAGCGGUGAGAACGUUGGGAAGUUCACUAUUUUCCAAACACGAGAGACAAGAGUGGGAAUCAUUGAGAGACAAGGAGAUUUGGAAUUUGCCACAAAAAGAGGAUGAUAUCUUACCUGCUUUAAAAUUAAGCUAUGAUGAAAUGCCAUCCCAUUUGAGGCAAUGCUUUGCUUUGCUCUCCCUUUAUCCAAAGAAUCAUGCAUUUAUUUCUUUUGACGUUGCUUCACUUUGGGGGGCAGCAGGUUUGCUUCCAUUGCAAAGCAAAGAUAAAACAAUGCUAGACGUUGCACACCAAUAUUUGAGUGACUUAAUGACAAGAUCUUUUCUCAAUGAUGCUCUUGACUUUGGCACCUUUUAUGGAUUCAAACUGCAUGAUUUAGUGCAUGAUCUUGCAGUAUAUGUUGCAAGAGAUAUGUGUCAAUUGGUCAGUUCAAACACGCAGGAUAUAUCAGAAAAUGUGCUGCAUUUGUCUUUUGUUGAGAAUGGUUUGCCUUACAGUUCCAUCAAGACAAGCUUACAAGGUGUGAGAAGCAUUCUGUUUCCAGUUGACAAUCAGGGAGCCAGUGAAGCUUUCUUGGAUGCAUGGGUGUUAAACUGUAAAUACCUGCGAUAUUUGGAUUUAAGUGAUUCUACAUGUGAGACUUUGCCUGAGUCAAUUGGUAAGUUGAAACAUUUAAGAUUUAUUUCUCUUUGGAAUAAUAAAAGAAUAAAGAGGCUCCCUAAUUCUAUUUGCAAGCUCCAAAAUUUGCAAGUUCUGCUUCUUGAUGGGUGUUCAAAUCUUGAAACUGUACCGAAAAAGUUAAGAAAGUUGAUCAGCCUGCAAAGAUUGGAGAUAACCACAAAGCAAUCUAUUUUGCCAGAGAGUGACAUUGCAAAGUUGAAUUGUCUUGAAUCUUUGUGUGUCGAAGAUUGUGAUAAUUUGGAGUCCUUGUUUGUUGAGACAAGAUUGCCUACACUUCGAACUUUGCAAGUUAUUGACUGUGUGAAUCUAAAGUCUUUGCCACUUGAUACUCACCAUUUUCCUCAGUUAGAAACUUUGGUAAUCAGCGGUGUGGCCAAUGAAGAUUGGCUUGAUAGAUCAGAGGAUACUAAUGCUGUCUUGAGGUUAAAAACCAUUGUUCUUUCAGAAAUGGUAACAUUGCCUCAUUCUCUCCAACAAUAUGCAAGCACAUUACAAACUUUGGCGAUUGUAGGUUGCUACGAGCUGGAGGUACUGCCCGAAUGGCUGUCAAAUCUGAGUUCUUUGAAAUUUCUUUUUAUGGCCGGUUGUCCAAAAUUGAAGUCUCUUCCCAGUGAUAUCCACCGUCUAACAAGUCUCCAAGUUUUGCGAAUCUUAAAUUGCACCGAGUUAUAUAGAAAAUACGAGCCACAAGUUGGAGAGUGCUGGCCCAUGAUAUCUCACAUCAAGCAUACUGACAUUAGGAAGUAAUGAAGAAUUGAAGAUGGAGUAGCUAAUGGAAGAUGAAGAAGAAUUGUCUUGACAACCCGGAUUGGAGUCAAACUGCGUUCUGUUUCUUCAUCAGUUUCCAUAAUGUACACUAUUGUGCUUGUUUUGUUUCGAACUAUAUGUCUUUAGUGGUUUUUCAAGUUUCUGUAUGUUCUUUUGUAAUUCAAAAUGGUAAUUCAUGAAGUC